ACACAGACACACACAAACACGCCCUUACAGUAAGUGAAAGUGAAAGUGAAGGAGGCCAACAGGAGAAAAGAGACACGGAGGACGUGGUAAGGUCGAAACAUUUCACUCUUCGCUGAUUUCUCUUCUAAAAACACGAACAUGUCAAACACAAGGAGAAUUGUCACCCUGGGAAAAACUGGAGUUGGGAAAAGCAGCGUGGCUAACACCAUAUCUGGAGGUCAACUGUUCCAGAUCGGACACAGUGUGAACUCUGAAACCAGACAAUGUCAAGCAGCAACUACAUAUGUCAAUGGAAGAAACAUCACUUUGAUUGACACUCCUGGUUUAUUCGACACAAAUCGAUCUGAGGAAGAGCUGAAGUCUGAAAUAUUGAGGUGCGUCACAGGGUUCACUCCUGGGCCUCAUGCCUUUCUCAUUGUGCUCAAAGUGGAGAGAUUCACCGAGCAGGAGCAGGCUGUCAUCAAUAAAAUACACCGAUACUUUUCUAAUGAAGUGUUCAAGUAUGCGACAGUUCUCUUUACUCAUGGUGACCGGCUCCUCGAAGGACAGACCAUUGAGGACUUUAUCCGUGGUAAUACGCUUGUGAGGGAUCUGGUGAAGAAGUGCGGAGGCCGCUGCCACGUCAUCGAUAAUAAAUACUGGAAGAACAACCAGCAUGAUGAAUACAGGAACAACCAGGUCCAAGUGAGGGAGCUCCUCAACACAAUAGAUGAGAUGAUUGAGGAAAACCAAGGAAGAUGGUACACCAAUGAGAUGCUACAACCUCUGAGGGAUCCAUUCAUAUUGAUUGCAGAAUAG